GUGUCAAGUGAAAUCAGCAUGAAGUCCAACCAGGAGCGCAGUAAUGAAUGUCUACCCCCAAAGAAGAGGGAGAUCCCAUCAAGCACAUUAGCCUCUGAAAAUCGUUCCCCCACUCUGCCUCCUGCCACAGACAGCCAGCGCACAGAAAACAUGACCUGGCUUGUGGCAGGUGGGAAAGAGAGCAGUGUGGGUGCCCACCGGAGCUCCGUUCUGCCCGACAGGCCCCAGCACAAACCCUCGCCCUCCUUAUCAGACUCUUCCUCCUCUUCCUCGCUGCGACUCGUGUCGUCUCUGUCUACCGUGUACACGUCCCCGCAGUCACAGUCCGCAGUCGGAGGAACUGUCCAUUACACCCAGCUGCCUCCCAAUCUGCAGUUCAUAGCCUCUCCCUACACGACUCCGUACACCAGCUACAUUUCCCCUCAGCUGCUCCCUCCUCCUCCACCGCCUCCGCCCCUGUCCUCUUCCUCCUCUUCACCCGCACAGAGACCCCCGUACACGGAGGCAGCGUCGGCUCCGACGCAGGUCUCCAAACACGACCAUCAUCGAGCAUCCACGGGACGUACCUCCAUGCCUCCGCCGUCUACGGAUCCCUUGCCUCACCACGUUCACAUGUCGACGUCUCCACGGACCGUGCUGUCGCCCCACCACCAGGGAGGCUCCCACCUCACGUCCCAGUCCAUGCAUCCCCACCAUACCCUGGGACACGGCAUGUCCCAGGUUAUGGUGAAAUACACAGACGGCGCCAUCAGGAAAGAGGAAGCUGGCCCCAGAUCCAGAGAGCUCCACAACGGGGAACUGGAGAGGGGUCGGCGGUUCGGACCAUCCCCAGAGUCCGGCCUCUCCAAGGCGGGAAGCAAAUCGCGGGAAGCGACGCCCUCUUUGCCUUCCUACGACACCCGUCAGCUAGUUCUGCCAUCCGACUACUCCGCUCACGAUCACUUAGGGCUUAGAACUGUCAUGUUAAUGCCCAACAACCAUGGGGACCACCAGCUGGCGCCACCCAGAGCCAGCCCCGAGAAGCUGACCGCUUCUGCGCACGCGAACCUGGAGAAAGGUGGCAUCAUGAUGGGAAAGCCCGUCAAUCGCGUCCCCUCCUCGUCCGACACCACCUGCUCCUUCACGUUUCCGCCCCCGCUAAGCGUAGACAGCCUGAAAGCCGCCGUCAGAACGCUCUCGCCCCAGACUGUCAUCCAGACCACACACAAUGUUACAGAGCCACUGUCCAUGGGACUCUCUUCAGCAAGCAUCUACCCGCAGUCGCCCAUCAUCGGAUUGUUUGCAGGGGGUGGCGGGAGCGGCUACCACACCAGCCUACAGCAACACUUACUCAUUCCAGGCACCCAACAAGUCAUCAUCCCUGUCAGUGGAGGUGGAGUCCCUGCCUUGGAGCCUGUGACCUCCCACAUCACAUCGUCCGGCCAGGCUACCCCUUUUCCAACGACACUCCCUCACGCGUACAUCGCUGCCACUGCCCCCAAAGGAGAAACUUUGGAAAGCCAGAGCGGCUCAUUCCAGGAGGCUGUUUCGGGCGCAGUGGUCCAAGCUCAGCUCCACCUCCCCAUCGUCCCCGCCCCGCCGGGGCUGGUGGUGCCCUCCGCUCCGCUGGCCCCGGCCGGCGCGGUGGCGCCCCCCUCGCUUCCCCCGUACUUCAUCAAGGGCUCCAUCAUCCAGCUGGCCGACGGGGAGCUGAAACGCGUGGAGGACCUCAAGACGGAAGACUUCAUCCAGAGUGCGGAGAUCAGCAGCGAGCUGAAGAUCGACUCGUCCACGGUGGAGCGCAUCGAAGGGAGCCACGCCUCACCCAACUACGCUAUCGUUCAGUUCUCUGUUGGUGAGCAUCGUUCACAGGUAAGCGUGGAGGUCUUGUUGGAGUACCCCUUCUUUGUCUUUGGCCAAGGCUGGUCUUCGUGCUGUCCCGACCGGACCACACAGCUCCUGGAGCUGCCUUGUUCCAAGCUUUCCGUGGGCGACGUUUGUAUUUCGCUCACUCUCAAGAACCUGAGGAACGGAUCUCUGAAAAAGACUCAAUCACUGGAGCCAGCCCCUAACCAUGGGCACCUCAAGCCCCCGAGAGCGGUCUCAGACGCGCCCCAGAGCUGCAGUGGAGGAACCUCCAGGCACAGGGAGCAGGAGAACGGCAUCGGCCAGAGGGGUGGAAGUGGUACUGGCAGCGGAGGGAGCUGCGGCAUGGAAAACGGGGGUCUCGCGUUUGGGGAAAGAGGAUCUAAAGGUCAGGCCGGAAGCAACACUGAAGCAAUCUCGAGUAAGCCGGUUGGCAGGAAAAGGAGGUGGUCCGCCCCCGAGGGCCGAAGAGUGGAAAAAUCCGAGGAGGAGCCGCCUCUGACCCUGCCCAAACCUUCCUUCAUCCCUCACGAGGUGAAAGUCAGCAUCGAGGGGAGGUCAAAUAUCGGCAAGUAA